UCUUUUACCUAUCCUACCUAAUUAAUCAAUGAUCAAAUCUUGCAAGUUGCCAAUGUAACAGUACUUAAACUUCCACAAUAUUCAAAGAAAAAUCUACUGUUACAUUUGGAGUUCCAAGGGAAGUUUCCUAUUAGACCUUACAAGAAAUUAGCACUAUAAAUAGAGCUCCCAACAUUUCUUGUUCCAAGAGGAACUUUCCUUACAUACCGGUUGUUGACAUCCAAUUUUGUCAGUGAUAGCAAACAAGAAAUGGAAUAUCAAGACUUGUUACCUGUGAUGGCGGAAAAAUUGGACGUGGAGGCGUUUGUCGCGGAGCUAUGUGGAGGAUUCAGGCUUCUGGCUGACCCGAAAAAUGGCUUGAUCACAUCAGCGAGUUUGCAGAAAAAUUCGGGGCUUUUGGGAAUGGAAGGGAUGAGUAAAGAAGAUGCAGAGGCUAUGGUGAAAGAAGGAGAUUUGGAUGGAGAUGGAGCAUUGAAUGAAACAGAGUUUUGUAUUCUUAUGGUUAGACUUAGUCCAGAAAUGAUGCAAGAUGCUGAGGUCUGGCUUGAUAAGGCACUCCAAAGAGAAUUGCCAAAAUCCUCUUGUUGAUAUCACUAUUGUCCAUCCAAAAAUAUGAAAUGAAGAAAAGAUGAUGAAGAUCUUUGAUUGUCAAUUUAUCAUACGGUAUAUGAUAUGGAUUGCAUCUUAAGUCAAUAUGUUCAUUCCCUUCCCUAGCUCUCAGUGGCUGUAAUAAGUUUGUGUCCAGGUUGAUUCAGUAGUGCCAAAAACAAAGAGAUAGUAUCAGAUAAUAGAAGGCAUGAAUCACCAAAAAUUAAUGUAGGUUAAAGUUUUGAAGUUGCAAAUUUCUAAUUGAGAUGAAAAGUUAAACUCUCAAGAGUAAAAAUACCUACCUUCA